ACGAGGUUGGAAACACGUGGGUUCAUUUUUCAACAUGGCUGAUGAUAAACAAGAAAUGUCGAGUAAUUCGGGAGAAGAAAUGGAUGUCAAUAGCGAUGAUAGCGAUGACGAAGACAUCAUGGAAGAAGAGACAGAAGAAAGCAAAGUUUAUUUACCAGGGGAAACAUUGAAAGACGGCGAACAGUUAGUCUGUGAUGAAUCUGCAUAUGUCAUGUACCACCAAGCACAGACAGGAGCUCCCUGCCUUAGUUUUGAUAUUCUAUGUGAUUCCCUCGGGGACAAGAGAGAAAAUUUCCCACUGACCUGUUACACUGUAAGUGGAACCCAGGGGGAAAGGGGUCACACCAACAAUGUCAUUGUCAUGAAAAUGAGCAACCUGCAUCGCACAUCCAAGGAACAGAAACCUGACACAGAAAAUGAAAGUGAUGAGGAAAGUGAAGAGGAGGAGGAGGAUGAGGAAAAAACACCUGAGUUAGAAACAGCUUUAAUGAAACACACUGGAUGUGUUAACAGAAUUAGGGCAACCAAUAUUGGUGAUAAGUCCAUAGCAGCGUCCUGGUCUGAGGUGGGAAAGGUGUACAUCUGGGACUUGACCCGCCCUCUCCAGGCUGUCAAUGACUCCAACAUAAUGGCAGUGUACACACGUAAUGAAGAGUCGCCUCCCCCUGUCUUCUCCUUCAGUGGUCAUCAGACAGAGGGCUAUGCAUUGGACUGGUCUCCAAUGAGUCCAGGUCGCUUGGCCACUGGAGAUUGUUCAAAGAAUAUACAUGUAUGGAACCCUCAACAAGGCGGUGCCUGGCACGUUGAUCAGCGACCUUUCAAAGGACACACCUCCUCUGUAGAAGACAUCCAGUGGUCACCGAACGAAGACAAUGUAUUCGCUUCCUGUUCAGUGGACAAGUCUGUGCGUGUUUGGGAUGCCAGACAGCCACCUUCAAAAGCAUGUAUGCUGACAGCCAGCGACGCCCAUGAACGUGAUGUCAACGUCAUACACUGGAACAAGAAUGAGCCAUACAUUGUAUCAGGAGGGGAUGACGGAAUGAUCAAAGUCUGGGAUCUACGUUUGUUUCAGGGUGAGAAGUCUGUAGCAGCAUUCAAGCACCACACAGCACCAAUAACAUCACUGGAGUGGAAUCCAAAUGACAGUUCUGUGUUCGCUGCGUCGGGUUCUGAUGAUCAGAUUACAGUUUGGGAUCUAGGUGUAGAAAAGGACAGUACAGAGCUACAGACUAGUGAACCAGACGUUCCCCCACAACUCUUGUUUAUACACCAGGGCCAGACAGACAUUAAAGAACUCCACUGGCACCCUCAGUUACCUGGGGUUAUUAUCAGCACAGCUCACAGUGGAUUCAAUGUGUUUAGAACUAUCAGUGUGUAAUCUGGUAUUAGACGAUAUUGGGUCAUCAUCAUACUUGUGAAAUAGAUCAUCGACAACAGAAAGGAAUUUUUAACUGGCGAUGAAUUUUGACAAUACAGUAUUGUGAUUGGUUCAACUGGUUAAGGGUUUUAUUUAUUCUAUGAAUUUCAGACUUUUAAAACGCCAAUACAAAUAGAUUUAGAUAUGGUAACACAAAAAUUCUGUAAGUUUGACAUCAUCUCCAUAUUAAACUGAAUUAUCUAAUCCAUUCAACAUAAACAAAUCAGAGGAUUUUUACAAGCUUGAUCUACACAUACAUGUACUGCAUAGUUACUUAAAAAUGGUAAUAUUUGCAGGGCAUGUAAUAUUGUUUUAUUUGCAAUUAUUAAAGAUAGCACAACCCAAUGAAUAUUUAUGUAUUAAUACAGUACAUACAAAUGUCUACCCGGCAGUACUUGUAUAAGUGUUAAUUGUUAACACGGCAGUGUUGCAUGAAAUACCUACUAUUAUAUAUAUUAAACUAGUUCCGACUGGGGCAACCACAAAUUAUUACGGAACUAGUACUGCUAUAGUAUGAGGUACGGGCAACAUGUUAGAGAUUCGGCUGAGAUCAGUAACCACGUUGAAGGAUCUUUAUGAAUGUUUUUGUUUCAAAGAAGUUUCUUUUUUGUUGUGUAUUCUAUAUUAUUUGCAUUCAACAUGCAACUAUUUUAUGACCGUUUUCAGUUAAAGAUGUGUAGAUGUUCCCUUCUGUGAAACUACACAACAAGGAGUGUUUAUGACUUGAAUAAUGAUAAUUUCAAUAUUAAUUAAAACAACAAAAAUGAAAAGUUUGCAUUCGUUAGUCCUUCAAGUGAGUUUCCUUGACCAGGAUAUAAGUUACUGGGAGAAACAAGUUCUAGAACUUCUGUUAAAUAAAUCUAAACCCUAAAGGUCACAAAUAGUUGAAGAUAAGAAUAUAAUAGGAAAUAACUGUAACUAGCUGAAUGAUUCUAUGAAAUAUGUUUUGUGACUACACAAUACAUGUAUCUGAAAUACUGUGUAGAACAGUACUGCUGUCUACAUGGUUGGAUGCACGUGAUCAUUGUUACUUGAAUAAAUAAAAAUAUUUGUUCUUCA